AAUAUUUUGAUGGGGCCUUUUUGUGAUCAUACGACGUUGGCAGUAUUACAAUCUGAGAAUUUGUAGAAAAUAAAAUAAUAUAAAUAUUAGUAUAUUUGUAUGGACAUGUAUCUGACAGCUCUGUAUAUAUUCAGAGAGAUGGGGAAGCAAAGGUCAAAGUAAGGCUGUUGGGUAGAGGCAAUGAUUUAAAAGGAAGGCAGAUCAGAAACUCGUGAUGGGAUUUUCAUUUUGGUUUUGAAUUUUUUUUUUUUUUUGAAAGUGUGCAGAGAUUAUAGAGUAUAGAAACAGAACAAAGCCAGCAGUAGGCAGGUAUUAUCAGUGCUCCUUCAGGAAUUUACAGCUUCGUCUGUUCCUUUUCUCGUGAUCUGUCUCUUUCCUUUGGUUGUUUCGUUUAUUUUUCCUUCUUUUGCUUUUCUUCAAAGGGCUUCUGCACUUUGUGCCUAUGUUGCUGCUUUGUACCUAGACAAUUCCAACAAGAUUGAAUGAACCAUGACUUAAAAUAUAGCACAAAAACCUGAAAGUGAUCGUACUAAAGGGUUUCUUUGCGGAGAAUCUUCUUGGUGAAAGUUUUGAAAGGAUAUACCUUUGGGCAAAAAGGAGUGAUUUUGGGGUACCCAUUUGAGCUGUUUUUGUUUUAAAUUAUCAGAAGGUUUUAAAGAAAAGAAAAGAAAGAAUUUUUGAGGAGAUUGAAAAAUGAAGAAAAUGGGUAGUUGUGGGAGGAGUGGUAAAGUGAGGCAGUAUAGAAGAUCAAAGGUGCCUCGUUUAAGAUGGACACCUGAACUUCAUCACUGUUUUGUUCAUGCCAUCGAAAAGCUUGGUGGUCAAGCCAAAGCUACGCCAAAACUUGUUCUUCAACUCAUGGGUGUGAAAGGGCUCACCAUUUCACAUUUGAAAAGCCACCUUCAGAUGUAUCGGAGCAUGAGAGGUGAUCUCGGCAGACAAGGUCUCUCAAUGACAGAUAGGAGUUCAACCCAUCGAAGAAAACAAUCUUUUGAGAGCCAUGAUGGAUGUGUUGAUGAAGUAAAUGAUAUGGGUUUUCACUCAACUUCAAAGCCCAUUGAAGAAUCAGAUUCUAAUUUGAUCCACAGUCCACUUCCUUCGAAAAGAGCUAGAAUCGAGACCCGGAGUUCAAUCUCUGAUCAGAAACUGCAAUGCAGCCAAGGGAUUUAUGAGACAGUCUCAAAUCCGUACUCUUUUGAUGAUUUUCUGCGGAUCAUAGCUAUGCAUAAGGGAAUAAAGGUGGGUAAUGGUGCUUUCACAUUGGAGCGCACCCAGUCUGAUCAUUCUCACGGUCAAUCCAUAACCUUCUCCCUUCCACAUGAUCUUUGCGACCUCAACUCUUUCAAAUAUGCAGCGGAAGAAUCUGGUUUGCGUAAGGUUGCCAUGGUUGAAGAAGAGCACAAACACGCAGUGGAGCAAACCGGUAAACAUGUUGAACUCAAUGUAAAGAGACUCUUAGGCGACGAAGACGAAGAAGAAGGCGGUGGCUGUGAAUUAUCAUUGUCACUCUCAUUGCAUCAUCCAUCUUCCCAGAGAAGUAGGGCUUCUUCCACAAGUGAAAUCAGCUGCAGCGAGGCAUUCUCAUCGUACUCCUUGUCUAAUUAUAAAGACUGCUUGGGCUCUUCCUGCACCCAAUGUAGUCUAAACUUAGAUCUAUCUAUUGCUCUUUGUGGCAACUAAUGCUUUUUUUUUUUCUCUUUUGAGA